AUGUCGUCCAUCAAAGUCUUCUACGACGAUGUGGCCAAAGGGAUGGACUGUCUGAUGAAGAAUACACCUGAUGUUGAAGGACUGCAAGGCUUGCUGAAGUAUUUCAGUAGCACCUCUGUGUUUGGCACUUACUGUCACAUCCAGCCUCCAUCUCCUCCUGAUGGAAUACCACCAGACAGUGCAUGUAGGACUGCUGACACAGAUGUAGAUGUAGGAGAUGUGAACCCCUCCCCUGCACUCAGUUCAAUGAUGAGGACCAACACAGUGCCCGGUCAGGUGGACAGUCUCCCAGUGGCUUUUCUGUCCACAAACAGGAGCUUUGAGGUUCUUGGUCCAGCUCAGCCUGUAGUUGCUGUAGCUGGUGAAGAUGUUGUUCUGCCCUGUUACCUCAAACCCAACAUCAGUGCUGUUGACCUGCGUAUCGAGUGGCUCAGAGUUCAUACCGAAGACCCACUUGUACAUCUUUACCGGGAUCAUGAGGACAGAAAUGAGAAUCAGAUCCCAUCGUACAGGGGAAGGACAUCACUGUUCCCUGAGGAACUGAAGAAAGGAAACACUUCACUGAAAGUGAAAAAUGUGCGAGGAUCUGACAAUGGAGAGUAUAAAUGUUUUGUUGAGUCUGAGGAGUGGUAUGAAGAUUAUUUUAUUUAUGUUCAUAUUAAAGCUGUAGGAACCCAUCCAGUGAUCUCCAUUGAGGGAUAUAAAGAAGGAGGGAUCAGUCUGGUGUGUGAAUCUAAAGGCUGGUACCCUCAGCCUCAAGUGGUCUGGAUGGACAGUGAAGGACACAGUCUCCCUACUGGACACACAGAGACACACACAGACAGUAUGGAUCUCUUCACUGUGAGACGACGUGUCAUUGUACAAGAGACAGAGAACAAUAGGUUCACCUGUCGAGUUCUACAACAGGAUUUAAAUGAAAUGAAAGAGACAAUAACUAACAUCCCUGGUGAGAUGUUCCAUCGUGCCCAUCCCUGGAAGGUGACCUUUGCUGUGGUCUUCAGUCUGUCUGCUGUUUGUAUUAUUGGAUGCACAAUUUUGAUUCACUGUUUUGUGAAACUGCGAAGAAAGAGAGGUGAGCUCAAAGAACAGUAUGGACUGAUCACCAGACACCUGACUAUAGAAAAGAUGUACAGGAGAGCUGAACUUCUGAAGGCACAAAGAUACGCAGUUGAUGUGACUCUGGACCCUGAUACAGCAAACCCCUGGCUCAUCUUGUCUGCGGACAGGAAACAAGUGAGGCGUGGAGACACAAAGCAGGAGCUCCCUGACAACCCAGAGAGGUUUACAUACUGGAAAAGUGUCCUGGGAAAAGAGGGGUUUUCUUCAGGGAAACAUUACUGGGAGGUGCAGGUUGGGGACAAGACUGAGUGGGAUUUAGGAGUGGCCAGAAAGUCCGUACACAGGAAAGGAGAUUUUGAACUAAAUCCCAAUGAUGGUCUCUGGGCUCUCAGUCUGUGGAGUGGGAAUAUGUACUGGGCUUUCACUGACCCCUCUGUGUUGCUUCACCUGAGUGUGAAGCCCCAGAAGGUGGGUGUGUAUGUGGACUAUGAGGAGGGUCAGGUGUCCUUUUACAAUGUGGAGGACAAGUCUCUUAUCUACACUUUCACUGGGUAUAAAUUCACUGAGAAGCUCUAUCCAUUCUUCUGGCCAGGCUUCCGGAACUCAGCCCCACUGAUCAUAUCUCCUGUUAGUCACACAGACUGAAGAAACUGAUUUUUGUUUUUAAUGUUCAGGUCAUGAUGCCACAUUGAUUUAAUAUCCCUUCUCUCCCUCAUUCAGGGUUUGUAAUUUCUCCAUCUAAACACAUAUUUUGUACAUUCUGAUGCUUUUAAAUAAA